AUGAAACUAGGUUGGUUAACUUGGGGUAUGUUAAUUAUCCUUCUGACUAGACAAUCGGGAUCUCUGAUUUGGCCAGCAUCUUCUAAUUUGGGUUUGACCCUUUCGGUGUCCACACCCAUUGCUGAACUGUUUCCAGAGCGUCGUAUUUUGAUCGAUUGGUGCUUUGCCAUCUCCUACAAUUAUCCGUAUAACCUAACCGAGUUCUAUAGCAUACCCAUUUGGCCGGGAUUUGCCAACUACAAAGCGAAACGUGACGUUCCUCAACUGGAACUCACGGAUGAGAGUUUCUAUACCAAAUAUGGACAUGAUACAGAGAAUGGUAUGCACCCCAAAGACUUUUCGGCUGGGGAACUCUAUGCCUUUCUGGAAGACACGCUAGCGGGAUACGGCUUUCAUGAGACUUGCUUGCUACGAAGUGUUUGUGAAUUGGCCCAGCAUCCCUUCGAUGAUAACCAUCAGCACUUGCUCAGCGACAUUGUUACUUUCGUCUUGAGCCCCUCCCAACACGAAGGUUUUCGGGAUGACGAACAUGUAUACAGAAAUGCCUACGAAAUGGCCGAGCAAGAUGGAUUUCUGGGUCGGGAUUGUUUGAGAUUAUAUUCCCAUUGCAAGCACGAUCUUUUAAAACUCAUGAGUCAAGUCAUAUUUCACUAG